AUGCAAAUAGGAAUCGUUACAUUCGCUACUCUCCUUUCCUUCGCCAAAGCGAUGAACUCGUGCAAUCUCUGGACGAGAAAAAUCGCCCGAACGGAACGUCAAAAGUGGAAUCUCUCCGGAUCGCGCCCUCAAAAGAAAAACUGCCUAAAAACUUACGGAUCGUCAGAGAUGACCGCUGAUGUUUUCUUCUGCUCCGAUGUUUGCAUCAUCCCCGACGGAUUCGCCUGCAACCCCAACCCAGGAUACGGCCGCGACAUUUGCGGCAUCGACUCUUACUGCGAUACUACUGAGCGAAUCUGCAAGGCUCUUUACUUUGAUGAAUCCUCAUUCUCUUCGUCCUCUUUCGAUGAUUUCUUCUAUCCCGACAUCAUCCAAUUCGACUGA